AGUGCUAGUGGGGGGAGGUGUGGCAUCAUGCUAAAACGGCGUGAAGACAGCACGUGGAGACAGGGACUGAAGAAGUUCUAUGGAGUCUCAGCUUCCAGGAAGUGGCAGCAACUGGCAACGGACAUAGAGUGUGUAGCUAAUGGUCUCAAACCAGCCUACCUGCUAGACGUUCUCUCGCCCAGUCCCCAUCUCUUCCGUUCCUUCCUGGACCACGUUCUGUGUGAGCAGCGGGGCAGUGAUCCUCAGAGAUCAGCAGUCGUCCAGAAAUGGCUGGUUGAACUGAGAGUGGUUUCUCUGGGAAGUGACGUGCUACUCAUAAACAAGACUGCCGUAGAGAAAUUGUUCCAGAGCUCUUGCGUGUAUGUAGACAUCAGUGAAACUGAAAACAGAACUAGAUCUGAGAAACCUGAUGCCCAUAUCAGAAUACACUCUUCAUCCGAUGUAGGGGAAGAGUGUAGGCACUGGUACUCCACAUUGAUGGCCACUGAGACAGCACAUGAACCGAGCAAGAGUAAUAACUCCGUGAUUCUGUUAACAGUGCCACUCGAUCCAGACCUGAAUGUGUGUACUCUGUUUGGCAGACUGCUGGGUUAUCCAGUGGUCUACUGGUUCCCGCCUUCCACUGACUACUGUCUAGACUAUGUGGACCUAGUGAGGCAUCAGGUGACUCUCUCCAGUGGCAGCCACAGCUUAGGAAAGGAUCACCAGCUCUACUCAUUCACUGUACCGCAUUGUGUGGAGUCGUGUACUAGUGACACUGUGGCUGCCUGGUUUCAGGGAUUGAGUGAAAAGGCAGUGAUGCUGGGAAUGAAACUGAAUAUGAGUCAGAGUGCUAUCUCCCUCCCCACUGUUGUCUUAUGAUCAUUGGCAAACAGUGUGUACAUCAUGUCUUACGAUUAAUUUUGCUUCUCUCCUUUAUGUUGAUAUAUAGCAUAUGGUUAUGUGAUGAGACACUAUAAUAAUUAUAAUCCUAUAAGAUUGUAUAAUUAUUAUGGCUACAGAA